CCUGGAAUAUCAGUAUGCGCAUUUAUUUUAGGACCAUUGAAUGCACAUAUAGCACACCGGGGCGGUUAUGUAGAGCCCGAAAUAUAUCUGUGCAACAUUCUUCGCUGACCUACUUUUAUUAGCAAUAACUAUUCAGUAAUAAUAACUGACACAUUUAAAUAGAAACCUGGUUUUGCUCUCUCAUCCAUGCGGUGAAAUAAAGACACAAAUAAAGACAUAAAAUCCUUCCCAGCUUCUCUUAGAAAUAACAGAGUGUCAGGUGCGGCUCCAUCGCUCGCUGCAGGUUUUCUGGGAGGUGGGGGGGCGGAGCGUAACGAGGAGAUCUCCCUCCUCUUUAAAAAAAUAAAAAGUGAGGCGCGCACAGGCUGUCCGUUCGCACUGGCAGAGAAAUUAUGAUUCCGAGAAGAGCUGCUCCUGCGCUUCAGCAAUUAAGACAACACUUCCACUGCGACUGAUUCCACCAGAAAUCUCCGAGCCUCGCUGAGUGCGGUCCCCGUCAACUAUCUCCUACUCCGUAGCCUCCCUCGCUCUCUCCUGCCUUCUUCUUCUGCGCUGGAUCUUUCGUGCCAGAAAAUGUGCGUGGAGAGCGAUGGAUGCGAAAUUGAAGGCUGCAGCAGCUCGGAUGAGGUGCGCACGCUGUCGGGCAGCAUGAGUCCCGGACUGAAAUCCAACCCGGACCUUCACCCCUGCAGACCGGGGCAGAAAUUCCGCGCCGCGCUGCUGAAAUGCCGCUCACCGGCCGCCGCCGCCGGGAUCCUCAGUUUUGGGAACGUCCUCAAUUACAUGGAUAGAUACACCGUAGCCGGUGUUGUGCUCGACAUUCAGCGGAAUUACGACGUGUCAGACAGCAGAAUCGGCUUGCUGCAAACAGUUUUCAUCUGUAGCUUCAUGGUGGCAGCUCCCAUCUUUGGUUACCUGGGCGACCGCUUCAACAGAAAGGUCAUCCUGAGCUGUGGCAUUUUCUUCUGGUCCAUUGUUACCCUGUUGAGCUCCUUCAUCAGUAAAGAGUACUUCUGGCUGUUUGUGCUCUCCAGAGGACUCGUGGGCAUCGGAGAAUCCAGCUACUCCUCCAUCUCUCCCACCAUCAUAGGAGACCUCUUUACUAGUAACACCCGCACCAUGAUGCUCUCUGUCUUCUACCUGGCCAUCCCCCUGGGAAGCGGGCUGGGCUACAUCCUGGGCUCCAGCGCCAAGGAGGCUGCAGGAGACUGGCACUGGGCACUGAGGGUUUCCCCAGUUUUAGGCAUCACUGCAAGCGUUCUCAUCCUGCUCCUUGUCCCUGACCCAAAGAGAGGGAGCGCCGAUCAGCUGGGAGGUCGCAUCAGGAGCCGCACCUCCUGGUUGUGUGACAUGAAAGCGCUCGCCAAGAAUCGGAGCUACGUGUUCUCCUCCUUGGCUUCGGCAGCGGUCUCCUUUGCCACGGGUGCGUUUGGUAUAUGGAUUCCUGGCUACCUGUUUAGAGCCCGGGUGGUGCAGAAGACGGCAGAGGCUUGCACAAAAGAGAUUUGCAGUAGCACGGACAGCAUGGUGUUCGGGGCCAUCACAUGUGUGACGGGGCUGUUAGGCGUGGUCAUCGGGGCUCUCACCACACGCCUGUGUCGCCAGAAGACAGAACGAGCCGACCCUCUGGUGUGCGCCGUCAGCAUGCUGGGCUCGGCCAUCUUCAUCUGCCUCAUCUUCGUGGUGGCCAAGAAGAGCAUCAUUGGAGCUUACGUUUGUAUCUUUAUUGGAGAGACGCUGCUUUUCCUCAACUGGGCCAUAACAGCAGACAUCUUAAUGUUUGUUGUUAUACCCACGCGGAGAGCAACAGCUGUCGCGUUCCAGAGCUUCACCUCUCAUCUCCUGGGCGAUGCAGGAAGUCCGUACCUGAUAGGCCUGAUCUCGGACGCCCUUCAGCAGAAGUACACUACAUCAGCACUGUGGCGGUUCCUGAGUUUGGGCUAUGCCCUCAUGCUUUGUCCCUUCAUCAUCGUCCUGGGGGGCAUGUUUUUCCUGGCCACCGCGCUCUAUUUCCUGGAUGACAAAGAUAAAGCCGAGGCCCAGUGUAACCAGGCAACACAGCCCCCGUCUUCAGUCAAGGUAUGACCAGGUGACGAGCAAAUGAGGAGCUACCUGAAUGCACAACCAAACCUGACAAAGGAUGACUAGACGGCGAUAAAAGAAAGGCUUCUUUAUGCUCCCAGUCAUCCUCCCCAAGAUCAUCAUCAUCCUCCUCCUCUUGGCUCCUGCUGCUCUCUGUUUUUUUACAGCCUCGCUGAGGUGACUGGAAAGAGGGAGCGUCUUGCCCCUCCUUCUAAACCACAGCCCGGUGAGAAGGUGCUCAACCCACCCUCCACUUGGAUCGUGUCCUCCUCGCCUCUGUGAGGAUCCUCUGAACUUUUGCAGGCCAAGACCGCCGUAAGCCCUCCUGAUGCUAAACUACUGAAUGCUGACCACGAACCUGCCCUGUCUGUCUGCCUGUCUGUCUCUUAUCGGCUGUCGAUCUGCAACAAGUGCCAUCGCAUCAUUACAUUCCUUCGGAUUUGCACUGACCGCCAACAGCCCUCAUCACUAGCUAUGUUUACAUGCAUUCAACUAAGCCACGCAUGCUCUGCUGAAGCUAAAGCAGCUGCAGGAAAACGCAGCAGCGGUGCAGGCGUUGUUUAUCUCUUUAAACAAGUGACUGAUGUCGCAUUACUCAUCACAGUCUCGCCGCAGUAACAGCAGAAACAGCAAAUUCAGUGUUUACACCAUAAAUCCAGUAUUUUCACAGUGAAAGUUUUGCCGUGCAUGUAAACAAGCUAGAGCCAAAAAUGUGUUGCUUUGGGAAAGGUCAGUGAACGAGCCUUAAAGUCGGAGCUUUCACACCUGCAGAUGUUUCUUUGAGCCCCGCGUGCGUUUCCACUUGGAUGAGAACUCGUUAUGUUCGGAUUGUUUGUGUCGUUUUCUGUUUAUGUCGGAUUUGAAGCUGGAGGUUACUGCCUAUGAUUGUUUCCUAACCGUGAUGAUGCAGUCUGGGCAAUUUAAAGUGGACACUGGAUAUGUAUAGUUUAUAUAAUUUAUAUUUAUAAUUUAUUCUAUUCAUGCUUUUUCCAAAAGUCAAUGUCAUGCUAGUCUUUUGACUGUUUAUGUACACGAGAAGCAAUACUAAGAACAUUUAGAAGAAACCAACCUUUUUGUUCCACACUGCCUUAUCAGUGAGCUCGGCUUCCCUUUAAAGAGGUCGCUCUCUGAUGGUUGGUUUUGAAUUUCUGGACACACCACCCACCCACACAGGGACCGAGUCGCUCUUAAUGGUGGAUCGCAGUCCAAUCAUCAGCGGUUACAAUAGCAGGCAUUGUGAAAAGAGGCCCUUCCUCUCCAACUGCAGAUAUCCCAUUGCAUCAGUUUAUUAGCGAGGGGAAUCAAAAUCCCAGACAGGAACAGGAAACGCGAGCUCGUAUCGUUGCAAACUGAUGAAUGAGGAAUCCCCCUAAAGAGCUGAAAGAGCUUCAUUUCUGCCUGCCGUUUCCAUGGGUACACAUCUCUCGCGAAGAAAACAAAACAACAAUUGUCAGUGAGGGAAGCUAUAGCAUGUAGCUUGCACAUAACACAAGCGAUGGUGAAGGGUGAAAGUGAUUAUUGUGAAACCUCAGAGCCACUAAUGGGAUCCCAGGUUUUAAGGGGGAAAGAUGCACUUUGCAGACCUGGAAGGAACCACAGAAGGCAGAGGAUGCACUGACCGUAGCUGAGGAACAAAAGGAGACUCCGAGGCUGUUCUUGUAGCAUUGAUGUGUGAGCAUGACUCACUGGCUGUGUGGGGGUGCUGUGUGGGCUGUGUCCUUGCUGCCAGAUCAUUAGCUUUAGCUUCUUCCUCCAACUGCGUGGAGCUCUCUGAAUGUGAUUCUGUCCCACCCGAUGUGUUUACACCACCUCCAUCUUCUUAACGAACUAAGCUUCUUACCUUCCAUUUAUUGAUCUUCUUUUCCUUUGUAAUGUUAUCAGAGGACUUUUUGAAUACCUACAGUAGAGAUAUAUAUAUAAAGCUAUACCAUGCAGCGAUUUUAAUAUAUUGUAAAUGAUGGCUUGGAUGCAAUGUAUUUAUUUGUUUGUUACAUAUUGAAGAAUAUUCUAUAAAGGGAAAUUUAAGGCUGCAGUAUAAUAGACUGAGCCAUGUGUCACUGGGUUGGAAACCUUUUCCUGUCAUACUGAAACAACACACGCCCCUUUUGCAUUAGCUGGAUUACGAUUGGACGUGUCCCACGUGUAGACACAGAAAUAAAUGCAACGGGUUGUUUUUAAGACACAUUAGUCUCAUUGUAAGGAUGCAAUUUAUAUUAAGCUCAUUUAUGUGUUUUUAUUUGUAGAUUCAAAACCAUUUUUGCACAUUUAAUGAUCAGGGAUUUCUUUGAGCCACCGCCUCGCACCAUCGACGGCCCGGCCUCUCGGCGCUGGCGUGUCGUCGUCUGUCAUCCGUAGGAACUUCCGCUCUGAUCAGACGAGCCAUGGAUCGAGUUUCACGUUGCCAAAGUUCAGUUGAUUUAGCACCAGUCCGUCCUUUUAUCUGUCGUAAAUGUAUGUUAACAAUCACUGAAGUGAUGUCUCGAGGAAAUGCUUCUUGUCAUACAAGAGUCUGUACAAAUAAACUCACGUUGAGCAGAAGAGAAAAAAACAAAAAACAGAAGUUAUUUUUAUUUUUAGAGGACGUCAGUACACGUGUCCGAGAAGUCAAAGGGUAUUCUUUUAGAGCUGGAAUGUGAUGCUCCCGUGGGUGGAUGAUGGAAAAAUGUACAGGUCUGUAAAUCAAAUAAACCUAUUCACACACACGUCUGUGCGUCUCUGUGUGUCUGUAACGCCACGGCCAUGUGUGUUCACGGCGUUUGCUUCGUCUCGCUGUGUGAAUCUGAGGACAGCUCGCACUGCGGCAGCGCCUCGACUGAUAUUUAGAGGCUGCGCGUAAACUAGAGCAAGAAUCUGUGUGUGUUUAAAUAGUGCUUUAAUGUUCGGUGCAAGGAUCGGUUCUGGCUGGAGUUGCAGAUAUUAAUCUGUAACGUAGUUUGUUUGUAACUUUAAUACAAGGAUUCAAAUAUUUUAGGAGGAAAAAUCUUUAUUAAAAAGACAAGUGAGUGUUUAGUUAUUAAGGCUUCAGUUUUGUGCUGCUUGGCAAAAUGUUAAUAGUGUUGGUGUCACAGAAAUGGAGGAAACCCUGUGAGACUCGCUGUCAAUCUGUUUAACCUGCAGAACGCGCGCCGACGUGUCUGUUUGCUCAUCACUUGCUCAUUUCCAUGUGUGUCGUAUUUGUGGGGAGAGGCUGCUGGAGCGCAGACACCAGACUUUAACUGCAUUCUGCUGCAACAAAUCAACCUGACAGACGGACCCGGGGCUUACAGUAGUACACAAACUCAAUGCCAAAGAAAUUGUGAGGAAUGUAAAUUUAAAGAAAAGUGUGAAUUGAUUUGAAAAUCUCUCAAACCCGGAUUUUAUCCCCAGUAGAUCCCACAAACCACGUCAAAGGUUUGAAUGGAGAAAAUCAACAUUUUAAGAAAGAAGAUCAUUUUGAAUUUGAAAGUUGGCCCGGGGAGAUGUUUACUGCUGCGUAGCGUCCCCUCUUCUUUUAACCACAGCCUGCAAACAUCUGGGAGCUGAGGAGACCAGCUGCUGGGCUUCAAGGACAGUAAUGCUGAUUCCUCCACGGUGAUGUGGGAUUAAAGCUGCUCAACCAGGUCUCCUCUCUGGGUUAGCAGGCAGGUCAGCACCACGCUGUUGUGUAGAUGGGAGCACAUGUUGCUCUAAAACCUGCCUGUACCUUUGAACUGUGUUUGCAGACUUCCAGAAGUGCUUCUGAGCCCAUGCAGCGAUUUGCAGCACCGAAUCAUGACUGUUUUACAGAAUCAUGCAGUUCAGCCUGAUCGCGGUCGUCCAGUAUUGACUUUCAGCCUUGUCCCUCACACACCGAUAUUUCUCCAGGUGCGCUGAAUCAUCGUGCACUGUAGAUGAUGAGAUAGUUACAGGAUUCAUAAUUGUUCCAGAAACAGAAAACAGUUUGUACAGACUGAUGAACCUCUGCCCAUCGUCACGUCUGAGAAACUCCUUUCAGUUUCCUGCUUUUGUUCCUCCUUCCCACCUUGCUAACAUCAAAAUCAGCUGUUACUUUACAGAAAAGGGUUCAUUCUCUCAGAUCAGACGUCUGACACGUUUGUUAUUCUCAUUAAAGUCUGAAAGUCAUCACAUUCUGUUUUUAUUCACAUUUCGCUUCUGCAAUCGAAACUAUUGUAUGAGCAUAGUCCUUUGAUUCUUGUUGCUGCUUUCUGUGAACCAUCUCUGCUUGUAAAUGAAUCCACUUACUGUGCUAUAGACCCAUCAUUAGCCCGCCUGCUACAUCAUUCAGCAGCAGCGUAUUUUGUAAACCUUAUAAUAAAAUGUCACCUGGCUUUGUUCACCAAAGGAUGAGUCAGAUCGAAGGCAUUUAAACGAUUUUAUUUUGAAAUAAACCUACAUCCUAUCUAGUU